ACAUUUUCCCACUCGCUUCGCAUUGCCCGAAGACCCGAAGCCGAGAGUGAACUAGAAGGGCAAGACCGUGCCCCAGCUCAUCUCCUGUUCAGUCUCAGAUCGAUCGGUCGUGCUGCUCUCGGGAAGAGCGAGUAGACCGAGGGACGGAGCGGCUCUAAGUGGCGCAGCAGAAAUCGGAUCGUCUCUAGCCCUAUCUCCGUCAAAGUUCGCCCCUCUUUCGUUACUUCGGUGCAUUAUUGAUCUAGAGUACGUUCUUGUUCUUCUACUUUUGAUUUCUCUGAUCGAUCCUGCGGUUUUGUUCCUUGGUAAGCUUUGAGGUGUUUUGUGGAAGGGGAUUGGGUGGGAAAGCCUCCCUCCUAAAGGAUAUGAUAUUGGACUGGAAAUUGCUUGUAAAAGGGUGUGAUUCGUAAUUUCCUACUUUAUUUGGGGUGCCUUUUUAGUGUCAUUGUCUGGAAGCUCUGCUGGGAAGUCCAUUGAUGGCUAAAAGUUUCUAUUUCUGGGAUCGAAUUCCAUUUUUGAGGCACUUCCCGCCUUCUUAAUAUUGGCUUGCUAGGAUCUAUGAUUUGGAGCUUAGAAUGUUCACUAGCAGAGAAAAGGCUGGUUGAAGGUUUGGAAUUUACUUAUCCAUCUUCUUUGAUAGUAGGCUUCAGUUGAACAUUUCGAGCUUCUUCAGGGUUGAAAUCGGUUGUUUCUCGUGUGAAAGCUACAAAUUUGAUCUUUUUCUCUAGGCGAUAUUGGUUUUCCUUGAAGCUUUUGAACUUGGACUUUUGGGUUUUUUGUUGUCUGCAUUGAGUCUCUCGCCCUCUUCCACUUGUCCCUCAAUUAGGAGAGAAUGAACCGAUGGUUUCCUUCCGGAUGGGUUUCUGCCCGCCCAAAAAUUACCAUCGUUGGUUUUUCUUAGUGAGCUAAGAUAUAUUUUAUCCUUAAAAGCAGCUUCUAGGAAGAUGAUAGAGUGGGCAUCUACAGUUAUAAAAGGAUCUAAGACACACAGUGUCAUGAGUGUGUUGCUUGGUCAUGGAACUGAUGCAAUGACAGAUGAGUUUGAUGGCUCAAAAGGGGAGAAAGAUAUAUUUAUGGAAAUCUUCAAUCUAAGUGCUGACAAGGUAAACAACCUUCAUGUUGCUUCAAACCUCUUGAAUUUCCCAAAAGAUAAGAGCAUCCAAUCAAGAUCAUUGGCUUCUAUGAUUUCUGAGAGCUCGGGUAUGACUACUUAUGUUUCCCUUAGAGAUUCAUCCAGCAAUACUUCCCAGCCUCAAUGUAUCAGUGACAGAGAUGUUAGUCGUUCCAGAUGCCUUCUGGAGAGCUCUUCCACUGGUUCUGUUUCUGAUCAUUGUGAUGUUCAAGAGAAAAGGAUGAAUUUAUCUAUCGAGCAACACAAUCAAAAGGGUGUCACACACAGUUCCAGUCUGUUGGUAUCCAGUAAUGCAUUGGUUGACCUGGGUCAAUUACAAAAUUCAUCGAGCAUGUUCAUCCAGCAUCAAGAGCAAUUGCAAUGCCUUGUAGUUGAAUCAUGUGGUCAGGGUAUUCUUUCUAGUUGCUAUCUCUCUCAAACACAUGAAGAAAUUGAUGCAAGUAAUAAUAUGGAUGAUGAUGUUGCUCCGGAUAUUGAAUUCAGAGGACAAGAGGUGAGAGAUGCUAACAUAAUUAAUGAGGCUAAAUCCGUCACAUCCCCAGUUUCUCAAGAGAGUUGUGCUUAUGAUCUUCUGGUAAUAAAUUCUACUAGCGCUCAUGUUGAGACACUAAAAAUACCUACGUGCAUGAAACAAUUGAACAUUGUGAAGUCUGACAGAAUAGAGGUUGCAUCAAAGAAGGCAUUAAUUAGGGACCUUCCGGAACGCCUAUGUUCACAUGCAAAUUGCCUUCUUACUGAUGCAGGCUGGAAAAUUGCACCACGUGUGAGGAAUGACAGAGCUAAGUUGGCUUCUUAUUAUGUACCACCAGAAGGAAAACCUGUUCUUACUUCACUCUCUCAAGCCUGGAAGGCAUGUGGCCGGAGACUUCAUUCUAGUGCCAGAAUCUCCGAUAAGGAUGAUAAGGGGGGAGCAUGGGCAAAUAUUGGCCAAUUUUGGAGUGAUUUGACAGAUACCUUGUUUUACAUUGAUGAAAAUACUCAGCCAUCUAGAACCUCCAUUUCUCACUUGAAAAGGUGGCAGCUUCUUGAUCCAUUUGUUGCCGUUGUUUACAUCAACCGGAAGAUUAGCCUUCUGCGAGAAGGGAAAUCUCUUAAGGCUGUGAACAGUUGUACUUUUGUUUUGGCUGAGGAAAAUAAUAAUGUCUUGGCAGAUGACAAUGUUGUCAGAGUCUCACACCUGGGAAAACUAAAUUCAAGUUCAGGAAGUUAUUUGAAUCCUAAUAUUCAACUAGCUGGCCAUGAUCAGGUUCUGAUAACUGUAAUUCCUAAAAAUCAGAAAAAUUCCCAAAAUUGUUUAGAUUGGAAAACGAAUGCCCAAUGCAAUCAACAAAAUUGGAAAAUUUCCUGUGCUUCAGGAGUUGGUCGUGGAGAUCUUAGUAGUCUAUCUGUAAGCAAAGGAACCAACAUGCAUGAUGCUACAUGCCUACAUCCUAGUUGCAAGGAAUUGACUAAUUCAUACAAUACAGUAUGUGGUUCAAACAAUAUAUCUAUAUUUACUGAAGAUGUCUACCCCACUUCUAUCAAAGAUUUUUCAGUUUUUGAAUUUUCAGUUGAUGAAUCUCUUCCAUAUGUCUUGGAAACACCACUAACCAAUGGCCCAGAAGCUUGCAAAGCAUCUUCUUUUGAAAAAUCUGUGUGUCAGCAACUAAGUAGUAGACCAUCCAAAUGUAAAUCUGUUAAAAAGGAUUUAAAAGAAGCAAGACAAAAAAGGACAAUAAUUUCUGCAAAAAGGAGAGUAUAUGGCAAGCAUCUUUCCAAAUUUGUUGGCUGUGAUACUCUAGACCUGCCUAGUCAUGAGAAUACAGCUAAUAAAAUGGAAGUAGAUGAUGAACACUUGAAAAUUCAACAUUCAACAUCUAGGCCAGGUUGCAAAGGUGUGAUUCCUGUUGUUGACAUUCUCAAUUUUUUUACAACUGAAAAAGCAGCCAUUGAGGAUCAAAAAUCUAACGGUCUGGAUUUUUCUUUAAGUCAAGCAAGUGGUUCUGGUAAGAAGACACAUAAGAAGUCCAAAAAAAAAUCUGGCAUCAAAACAUAUAAUGUUGAUGGCACAUGUUAUGUAAAAUGCACAAAGGCUUUAGGCUCCCAUUUUAAUCAGAAAAUAAAAAAUGUAAAGGGCAAGAAAGAAAAUAUUGCCAUGCCUUUUCAGAAUAAAGCAGAAAACUCACUCGUUCAUUCCAAUGCUGAUGUUUCAUGUACUGUUGGGGAAACUCUUGACACACAAAGCCGCCAGAUAGUUACAAAGUUAAAGGAAGCUGAAGUUUGUAAGAAGAAUAGAUGGAAGAGACCACGCGGGUUUCGUAUUAAUGAUGAUGAUCUUCUUAUUGCAGCUAUUAUCAAAAACAAAGAUUAUGUGACAUGCAUUGAUACUAAGGGAUCAAAGCUAGGAGUUUCUCAACCCAAAAAAUUGAAGAAACUUGAAAGCCAAAAAGGAGGUUGUAAAUUGCUACUGCGAACACCUGGCAAAGGUGCAUUGUCAAAAGAUGGGAAGGAAAUUAUUUUGGGAGCAAGAACUGUUUUGAGCUGGUUGAUUGAAAGAGGUGUUUUAUCCCUGAAAGAUGUUUUUCAAUAUAGGAACCCGAAGAACAAUGACUUGGUAAAGGAUGGCUUGAUUACUAGGAAUGGGAUUCUAUGUAGAUGUUGUGAACAGAUAUUCUCCUUAUCUGCUUUUAAAUGCCAUUCUGGUUCCAAGCUCCAGAAACCGUCUUCUAAUCUUUUCCUGGAGUCAGGUAGAUCAUACACAUUAUGUCAACUUCAGGCUUGGUCUGCUGAAUACAAGGCAAGAAAAAGCCACAUGAGAGAUAUGGGACUUGAGGAGGUGGAUCAAAAUGAUGAUACUUGUGGAUUUUGUGUAGAUGGUGGUGAACUAAUAUGUUGUGAUAACUGUCCGUCUACUUAUCAUCAAACAUGCUUGACCAUGCGGGAUCUUCCAGAAGGAAGCUGGUACUGCCACAAUUGCAUUUGUAAAAGCUGUGGGAAUGUUGUGAAAGCAACAAAAGAGCAUCCUAGGCCUUUGGCUGUGUUGGAAUGUUCACAAUGUGAACAUAAAUAUCACUAUAUCUGCAUAAAGAAAAAAGAUCCAAGUAUUGGAGAAGUAAAAUCUGGUUCAUGGUUUUGUGGAGAAAAUUGUGAACAGGUUUAUUUGGGUCUGCGUUCACGUGUUGGCAUAUUGAAUGGUCUUGCUGAUGGAUUUUCGUGGACAAUUUUGAGAUGCAAUCAUGAUGAUCAAAAGAUCAAUUCAACACAAAAAAUUGCACUCAUGGCAGAGUGUAACAUGAAAUUAGCUAUUGCCUUGAGUAUUAUGGAGGAAUGCUUUCUCCCAAUGGUUGAUCCAAGAACAGGCAUUAACAUGAUACCACAUGUCCUCUACAACCGAGGGUCUAACUUUACCCGCUUGAAUUACCAAGGAUUUUAUACUGUAGUCAUGGAGAAGAAUGAUGAAAUAAUAUCAGUGGCAUCACUCAGAAUUCAUGGUAUUACAGUGGCUGAGAUACCUCUUAUUGCGACUUCAAGUGAGCAUAGACGACAAGGAAUGUGCAGACGGCUCCUUAAUGCAGUUGAAAAGACACUUAAAUCCUUCAAAGUCAAGAUGCUGGUUUUAUCAGCUAUACCUGGUCUCGUGGAAACAUGGACAUCACAUUUUGGUUUCAAGUCUAUUGGGGAUAUUGAGAGGAGGCAGUUAAAUCAUGUCAACUUUAUGUUGUUUCCUGGGACAGAAUUGUUGAUCAAGAAUUUGGAAGAUACAACUGAAGAAACUGGUGAAGUUAUAGGAUCAGAUGACGCUUCUUGCUCAAGAGUCAGCCAAUCUUCCUGUUGUGAUGACACUAAUAAAAUUGAUGUGGAAACUACAGUACAAACCAAUGAGAUUUCUGGAGAUGAUGCAGAUCGUGGAGCUUUUAUCUCAACAAUGAAUGGAACUCAUCAAAUAGACCAUAAGUGGCAGCAGAAGGGAUUAUUUAUACAAUUGGAUGACACUCCUAACUCAACAUCCAAGCCUGAUGAUAACAAGGCAAAUAUCUCUGAAUCAUUCUGCAUAAAUGUAGAAAAUUUGAACAAUCAAGUAACAAGAAAGUUUAAUAAAAUAGUAGAGGAUUCAACGGUUUUGUUCACUCCAUUGAAGUAAACUAUAGUUGCUUGUCUGGUGGAACACAACAUCAAUCACCAUUAUUGGAAAUUCUACGUAUUAGGGAGAUGCAACUAAAGGAGUUCAGUGGUUGCAAGUUUUUGGCAUAUUACUCCAUGUUCCAAGAUAAUAGUUGAUGGUUUCCUGUGAUUGCAUCCUAUAAUGAGGUGUGCUUACAUGAAAGUUCAAUGAUAGAACACUCAUAUAUUUGACAAUUUGUGUGUUAUUCAGGUUCUUGCUUGAUUCUUUUCCAUCAAACAUAAAGAUAUUUUGCCGGGGAGUAUCAGGCUAUUAUGAUUUAUAAAACAAGUUCAUCUAAGGGGUUGAUAUGAAGCUUAUACUGGAAUCAUGCAAAGUUCAGAAAACAAUUUACUAAUCUGCAGACUAGCAAGGAUUGAAACUGAUGAUCCAGUUACUGCAAAUUCUUUGAAACAUCAAUUCAAGUAAUUUGGUUUGCAAAAUAAGUGGAGGCUGUAAUGUAUGUAGUAUUUCCCAUCCUACCAGAGGUUGUCUUCAGCUAGUAAGAGAAGCAGCAAAAUAACAAGUUUUCUUUGAUCUUUAAUUGUUUGAUAUGCUUUCACCCAACCAUUUUAAGGGCCUAUUGUUAAAUAUCCAUAGAAAGCAGGUUAUGAGAAAACAGAAGUGCAAUCACUGCUCUUAAUUAGCAUUUUUAAGAGAUCUUGUUUAAUACUUCUGGGAUUUCUUUCAGAAGCUAUGGGCCAUUGGCUGGCAAUGCAAUAGUUAGUUUAAUGCAGAGAACAAUGAGCAUAAAUAGGACUGAUUGCCUUUUUCUUUUGCUUUCUAGUACCUUCAUAGCCUGCUAACAAAAUUGUAGCUAAGGUGGUGCAACUUUAUACAGAUUAUUUAAUGGCUGGAACAACUCCGUACUUCCUAGUCCCGGCGUGAAAGCGAAUAUUAGGGAAUUCAAUGAUUCUGACUCAUCUUGUUGGAACCUAAGUAAUUUUGGGAGCUGAGAAGACUGUUGGUUGUCGAAAAAGGAUUUUAACUUGCAGGAUAUCAUGACUGCCUGUUGCUGAAAUAAGAAUUGUGCCGCUGAACAAAACUUUCAUGAUGUCUCUGGAUUAACAGGGAGGGUUACUAUGUCUGCUAAAGCAGAAGCCUACAACUGUGCAGUUCUCUUUUACAUUUUUCUCUGUCUCUAACCUUUGUUUUUGCUGUAACCAGUGCUUGAAUGGAUUUUGAGAGAUUUGGAUGGGUUCAGUGAACAUCCCUAUUUAAUCUUGCAAUACUUGUGAUUGCAAAUGCUAACUGAAUCACUAAUACAAUACUGCUUUGGAUUUGUUUAAAAUCUCAGAAUGAGAUCCAGAUAUAAUGUGAAUUAUAGGAUGUAGAUUAUAUUGUCA